UGCUGCCCGCGGAGGCCGCGGUUCGGCGAGCGCGACCUGGCUCCGCCGCGAAGGGCGAGGGGCGCCGCUGGCGGGUCCAGGUGCCCGCGCCGGGGCAGCGCUCGAGCAUCGCCGCGGCGGGCGUCGGAAAGGGAACAGCUAGGGGCCGGGCCGCGUCCCCGCCCUCCGCACCGCGAAUGGAUGUGCCCGGCCCGGUGUCCCGACGGGCGGCGGCGGCCACCGCGCUCCUGCGUACGGCCCGCGUGCCCCGCGAGUGCUGGUUCUUGCCCACCGCGCUGCUGUGCGCCUACGGCUUCUUCGCCAGCCUCAGGCCGUCCGAGCCCUUCCUGACCCCUUACCUGCUGGGGCCGGACAAGAACCUGACGGAGAGGGAGGUCUUCAAUGAAAUUUACCCAGUAUGGACUUACUCGUACCUGGUGCUGCUAUUUCCUGUGUUCCUUGCCACAGACUACCUCCGGUACAAACCCGUCAUCCUGCUGCAGGGACUCAGCCUUAUUGUCACGUGGUUCAUGCUGCUCUACGCCCAGGGACUGCUGGCCAUUCAGUUCUUGGAGUUCUUCUAUGGCAUCGCCACAGCCACUGAAAUCGCCUAUUACUCUUACAUCUACAGUGUGGUAGACCUGACCAUGUACCAGAAGGUCACGAGUUACUGUCGGAGUGCCACCUUGGUGGGCUUUACGGUGGGCUCCGUCCUCGGGCAGAUCCUCGUCUCCGUGGCAGGCUGGUCCCUGUUCAGCCUGAAUGUCAUCUCUCUUACCUGUGUCUCGGUGGCUUUUGCCGUGGCCUGGUUUCUGCCCAUGCCACAGAAGAGCCUGUUCUUUCACCACGUUCCUUCCACUUGCCAGAGAACGAAUGGCAUCAAGGCACAGAAUGGCGGCUUUGUAACCAACACCACGGCUGCAAACCACCUUCCAGGGUGGGAGGACCCGGAGUCAAAAAUGCCUCUAAAUACGGAGGAGCCGGAGCCCACCCCGGAGCGGCUCCUCGUGCUGAAGGUCCUGUGGGAUGACUUCCUGAUGUGCUACUCCUCCCGGCCUCUGCUCUGCUGGUCUGUGUGGUGGGCCCUGUCCACCUGCGGCUACUUCCAGGUCGUGAACUACGCACAGGGCCUGUGGGAGACGGUGAUGCCCUCUCGCGAUGCUGCCAUCUACAACGGCGGCGUGGAGGCCGUGUCCACCCUCCUGGGUGCUGUUGCCGUGUUUGUAGUCGGCUACAUAAAAAUAUCCUGGUCCACCUGGGGGGAGAUGAUGCUGUCUCUGUUUUCUCUGCUCAUCGCCGCCGCGGUCUACAUCAUGGAUACCGUGCAGAACAUCUGGGUGUGCUACACGUCCUACGUCGUCUUCAGGAUCAUCUACAUGUUACUCAUCACUAUAGCAACUUUUCAGAUCGCUGCCAACCUCAGCAUGGAGCGCUACGCCCUAGUGUUUGGUGUCAAUACCUUCAUUGCGCUGGUCCUGCAGACCCUGCUUACUCUCAUCGUGGUGGAUGCCAGCGGCCUCGGCUUAGAAAUUACCACCCAGUUCCUGAUCUACGCCGGUUAUUUUGCACUCAUCGCUGUGGUUUUCCUGGCCAGUGGUUCAGUUAGUAUUAUGAAGAAAUGCAGAAAGCAAGAAGACGCGGAAUCAAGUUCUCGAGUAACCACUUUGUGAUACACUGCUUAGCAAACUCUGCACAGCAACUGUGCCUGGGUAUAUUUAAUUUUUUAGUAUGUAGACGUGUUUAUGAACGUGCUUUUUAAGGCUUCAGAGCAGCCAAUUGACUCUACCUUGUGCUCCUAGAGUAACAAUCCUGUUUAGGGGAGUCAGAGGCAAAGUUUAUCUCGAGGAUUAUUUAUGGAAGCUAAUUUAAGGAUUACUGUCUUCUGAUAACAAAAGUGAACUUGAUUUUGAAAACCGGGUACUCAAGAGCACUCAAGCAACACGUGGCAUUUAUACUUGACAGUGAGUCUGGUGUCUCAGAGGCCUGGUUCGGGACCAGGGCUCUGCGGGCCACAGGAUACUGUGUUCCAACAGCACCUGUGUCUGUUCAACUUCACUCGUAUCUCUUUGUUACUCAUGUGCAUUUGUGUUUCUACAGAUGAAAGUUGUUUUUAUCACCGGCAAUAUUUGCUCUGGUUUGGUGUUCUGUCCUAUUGGGAAUGUGUGUCAUUUCUAAUUUUUAGUUAUUUUUAAAACACUUAUUGUAUGAAUGUUCUCAGUUUCCAUCUUGACAAUUUUGUAUUUGUGUAGAUUGUCUUUAGAAGUACACUUUUGCGUUAUUCAUAUGCUUCCCAGAGAAGCUCUUUUAGUUAGAAAAUAAGGCAAGUUUUGAGGCCUGCUGAUAAAUUGAAAUGAAGACACCUAAUCAGAAAACUUAAUCUUUUAGCCUUGAGUAUGAAGGACUGUUAAUCCUAUAAGGAGAAGAUCAUCUAUGAGCUAAAGAUACCACUAGCCCAACCAGUUCAUUUUGUAUUUGCACUCCCUUUUAUUUCCAGAAUAAAAUGAGAAGUCUUUUUUUUUUUAAUAUCUUCAUCCCUAUUUAUAGUUUUUAUAUGCUUUGUCCUUCUUAUCCAAGAUCAAGAUGUCAUUAGGAGUUAGGUUUGUUGGAUUAUUACAAGGCCUUUUCAAAAACUGAGACUCUUUUUGAUUAUUUCAGUGGGACAGGAACUAGGAUAGACCUGAUUCCUGCAUUUUGUACAUUAAAUCUGCCUUUGUUUCGAAGGGCAGAUCAUCUUGGAAUAUCUGCUUAAAAUAAUAAUUGCUAGUGGUUCCAUUUCCAGGGUACUUGGAAAAAAUGUUGUGUAUACAUUUAAUUCUGUAAUUAGUCUACCAAGUGGCUGCUGGUGUAUGUGAGUCAUGAUAACUAUUUGAAAGCCAACUUUGUUGCCUUAUCUUGAAAAAAAACCUAGGUUAAUUUAUUUAGAAUAACACAGGUACACAGUGUGAAUACUAGUUUCAAGAUUCCGGAAUUGACAUAUUUGUUUAGUGUAAGCGGCAAUUCCAGAAGUAAAUGCAGAUGAGUAUAGGUAAUUUGCCAUUCACCUUCCCUUCUGAUCAAGGGAAGGAAAAGAACACUAAGGGAAGGGGAAGGGAUAUUAUGAAAGUACAGCCUCUAAUUUUAUACCUUAUCUUUGGUUUUGCUGCGUAGGGAAUUGUUCACUCAGAAACAAGUAGAGAAGUGAUGUUCAAGGGACUUUAUUUAAUGUUUUUUUAAUAAAAUGGGCCGUGGUACAAUCACAUCACUCAUGUUACCAAAGCAAUAUUUCCCUAGAAUUCAAUUCAAAGUUUGUGGUGCACAACUGGAGCCUUGACUUAUUGAAGACAAUAACAAGGUCAUCUCCUGGCACGUGACCAUAUUUAUAGAACGCCCAGACCAGUUUGCAAGUUGUGCUGUGUGCAGUUUUGCAGAGAAGUGAAAAAAAUCUGUACAUUUUAUCCAACUCUGUAUAAAUUAUGAAAUUAUUUUAUUAAAUAAAUAUUUUACAACCUA